CUUCCCUAUACCUCGUUACCUUUUUUAGAACUCUCCUCACUAGCAUUGCUUUGGACCCCACCCUCUUCAGCCUCCAAGGGGUCUAGACUAGCCUCCUAGGGGUGCGGGGCUGUGUCCAAUUUAGUGCGCUGUAGAAUUCCCUGGGGAGCUUAUUUUAAAAGCUGCUCCUGGGAGGAAGCGGAUCGCUACGCCCGACUUCCCUAAUUUUUCGGACUGUCCGCCUGGCGCAAACAAGAUGCUGUCCUAGGAGAGGCCUUGUGGGCGGGGUGAUGGCGGGGAGGGGUGGUCUUUAAAUGAAAGGAUCCUCUAAGAUAUCUGUUCUCUAUCCUGAAUGCACGCUGGAACCACCCGGGGAGCUUUACAAACAACUGAUGCCCAAGCCCCACCCCCAGGGAUUCCGGCUGAAUCGGCCUGGGGUGAGGCCUGGCUUCCGGGCUUUUAGAAACUCCCCGGGGCAUUCUAAAGUGCUGUGGGAGCUGGAACCGCUGCUCCACCGGAUUCGAAUGAAAAGGGGUGGUCUAUGCCGAUGGUUCUCAAACUUGGCUCUAUGUAAGAAUCACCUGGCGAACAUAAAAAGUACUGAUGCCCAGGUUCCAACCCUAAAGGUUGUGUGUGGCCGUCAGACUUCGGAAGUUUUGAAGGAGCCCCAGGUGAUUGCAAUCUGAAAGCGAGUUUGAGAACCGUUUACCAGGUGGUGCGGGGGCCGGGCGUAGUGAGCGUCGCGCGCCACUGGGUGGCGCUGCCCGCUCGGCCCGGCGUUCCGGGAGGCGUGGGCCGCGGCCACUGGGUGCGCACCUGCCCCGCCUCCGCCAGGCGGGCCAAGGGGCAUGCAGCCGGUCGGGGGCGGGGCUCCGAGGCCAGGACGCGGCGUCGGGUUCCCGGGCAGCCGCCGCCAACUGGACUCUGCCGCGCUCCUCAUGCUGCUCGUGGACGCCGAUCGGCCGGAGCCCGUGCGCAGCGGGGCGCGCGAGCUCGCGCUCUUCCUGACCCCCGAGCCCGGGGCCGAGCAGCAAGGUGUCACUGUGUCCAGCGGCUCAACCCAGCCUCAUCUUGUCUCGACUAGGGACAGCCUUCAGGAGAAGCUGCAUGCAGCGGAGGUGGAGGAGACCGUCGAGGGCUUGCUCCUCAGGCUGGAAGAGUUUUGCAGCCUGGCUGACAUGAUCAGGAGCGAUACCUCACAGAUCUUGGAGGAAAACAUCCCCCUCCUUAAGGCCAAGGUGAUGGAAAUGCGUGGCAUCUACGCCAAAGUGGACCAGCUAGAGAAGCUGUGGACGCCGGCGGCCCCGACCUUCGAGCUGCCCGCGUUGUACAGAACCGAGGACUAUUUUCCUGUGGACGCCGGGGAGGCAACGUGCCGAGCUCCCAGCUGCCAAAGGCGUCUGUGAGCCCUGCGGUCCUGCCGUCAGGGACACCGGGAAGUGAAAUCUGUGUGCCGCGCAGAUUGUUCGUUUUGUUUUGUUUUGUUUUGUUUUAUUGUUGUGGAUGCGUUUUCUGAAUUUUCCCCCUUGCUUCACAUGGGCCCACAGGGUUUGGAGAAGCAUUUAGAACCCACAGGUGGGCAGUGCCUCAGAGAUGAGCUGGAGAAGGCCUUCUCCACCGGCGUUUGUCCUGCCUGGUGUUCUGGACAAGGUGGUCACCCAGGGGGAUGGGCUGUGGGGCCUUGGAUUUCCCUUUGCCUUGGAAGGGCUUUGCACAGACGUUGUGAGGGGCUCGCGCGGUGCCCCCAGGGUGCGUGGCUCCAGGUCCAUGCGUGUCGGCCGGUUUGUGUGAACCCCAGUGCCCACUGGCCCUGUGAACCGUCUCAAUAAACGUGUCCAGGUCGCCUGGGUGUAAAUGUU